CAGCUUUUUUGAAAGUGAAGCCCUCGAGCUUUGAUGACUCAAACAACAAGCAACUACUGAACACCCUAGCUUUACUACCACAUCAGUUAACGUCAGUUUAACAUUCACCCAAAGGUAAAUGACAUAGGGAACAGAGCUUAGGUAGAUAUACAUUAAUUUUUGCUUGACUUUAAACGAAUGUAGGUGAUUUCAACAUGGAAGAUAAUGUUAGGCAAAGGUACGUUCGACUACCGACAAACACAGAGCGGGUCCAAAGAGCUCGCCCACAGGAGGGCUAUAUUUGUGAAGAUUAUGACCCAGUGGAUGAAUUAAAAAAGAUGGUGGAAAGCUACAAUGAGGAAAAGAAGAAACGACGGCGAGUGGUGAAUGAAGACAAGUCGCCGGUGGGUCCAUGGCUUUUGGCGCUGUUUGUCUUCGUGGUGUGUGGGUCAGCCAUCUUCCAAAUCAUUCAGAGCAUCAGACAGGGCAUGUGAUUGCCAUUGCCUCAAGAGUGACUUUCACCAUCUGCCAUCCCUAAAUGAUGCCUGGACAACCAGCAGGAUUACCCCCCCAUCCCACCCCCCUCCCUCCCACACACAAGCAGUCAGACUCUCACCCAGUCCGACUACUUCACCUCCAUCUUUCUCCAUUCUCCUCCAACUUGUUCUUGUUGUGUCCCUCCCCUCUCCUCAAAGCCCACAAGCUCCUUAUACUGUGAAACUGACCGUUUCUUCUCUUUCUCUUUGUCUGGCUUCUUCUUUCCUCCUCACUUUCUUUCCUCCUCACUUUCUUUUCUCCCAGUAGUUUGAAAGAGAAGAGAAUGACCCCCUUCCCCUCAACCCCCCAACCAUCACACACAUGCACAUGUACAAGCCAUUUUGGCUCCUUAUACUGAAAAUGCCAACUCCCCUUCUACAUUUGUAAAUGAAUUAUUAUUAUUAUUUUUAUUUUGUUCAUUGUUAUUUUAUUUUAAAGAAUCUGCCUCCUGUUAGUAAAUGCAGAAACACUGGUUUUUAAGUUCUCAUUGUGAUUGGCUCGCCAUGAUUUCUAUCUCUGAUUUGAUUGGUAGUUGAGGCAGUAAGGGCUUCGGGAAGGCCAGGGUCCGGUAUCUGUAUUUGUUCCUAGUUCCAUCUGAUCCAUGGAGAUAUGAGCUUGUUUCGCUCUGCCCACCCCUCCUCAUUGAGUACACACCCUCGGCACCUCUCUCCUCAGCAUGCCAGUUUGCCAGGAGAAGCAAGAUGGAUUAUUUCCGUUGCUGUAUUGGGGAAUACUUCAUGUUCUUCAUAUCUUCAACUGUGGAUCUGGCUGUUCAUUGUAGACCCAUGCAAGUACUCACUUUUGGUUCUGCCAUACACAGAGUUUGGUCUCUCAGCAGGCGGAUACAUUGGUCAACAAAUCAGAAAAUAAUUUAAGUGACUUUCUAGUCUUAUUUAUUUUUCUCUGAGGUCGUCGUGGAGGCCAGAGAUAAGAAAGGGAGUCCCACACGUUGUGAAUUGACCAUUUUUGCUGGUCUGUGGAGCACUAAACACUGCAGAAAGUCUCCUGAAUCAAAAGGGUACUGCUUCACAAUUUUACUGGGGUCUAUGGGCAGCGCGUCACAUUAUUUGCAAUGGAGUGUGUUCUUUGGUCAUAUUAGAGAACAAUGAAGCUGCUAUCUCAAAUGUGUAAUUAUACACACCAAGUCCUCAGAUUGGGUCACAUCUCCAUUUGAACGCAGACCUUGUUUUAUCAGAUAUUUUGUCAUACAGACAGGACUGUGUGUGCACUCCAACCAGGAUAGCCAUGCUGACACCCCCCCCCCCCCCCCCCCAAUACCCUUCUGCCCACAAUAUCUCAUGCUAUGCAACAAUCAGUUUUGUUUGCUUCAGGUCAUUUUUUGUGUCUUCUUUUUUUCUUUCUUUUUUUUUUAUAAAUAAACUGAUAUUUUUAUCUAACAGAACUUGA